AUGCAAGGCAAUCCCUUCAAUGUUGUGCAGCAGGCACGUGCGAGCCGGGCCCGGGCUCCUGCCGACGCGCCCCGCUUCCAUCAGCCUCCCUCCCCACCUCCGAGCCGCCUCGCCCCGCCUCCCUCUCCCGCCCGCCCUGCCUGCCUGCCUGCCUCCUCCGCCCUUCGCAGACGGCUCGGCGGGGUGCUGGCUGGGGCGCUUCCCCGCGGACGCGGCCACUGGAGCCAGGUAAGACAAGAGGACGUGAGUGGGUGGGCGGGCGGCCUGGCUGGAGCGGGGAGGGCCCCUCCCUCGCGAGGAGGGCCGCCCCCGCCCCCCAAGAACAACCCCCAAACCUCCCCGCGUCCUGAGGCGCGCCGCUCGAGGCGCACGGGAAGGUCCUUUGGCGUCUCCAAAGCCCCCGAGCCGCGCCUCGCCCGGCGGAACGGCCGAGGGACGCAGCUCCUGAAGCUGCCUUCUACUGAACCGGACCCCUGGUCCAUCCAAGGCAGUAUCGUCGUCUCCUACCAGGCUGGCGGUAUCCGUCCCCCCCGUGGCGGGAGGACUAUGAGCGAGAGUAACCGUCACAACUCACGGUCAAGUAUAGGUAGAGGACGGCGUGCAAAGCAAGUGAAGGAAGACCAUGAAACUUAUGAAAUAUCCAUACCCCUCGAUGAGCCGCAGCCAAUGGAGUCACAAACGCAAACUCAGCAGCAGUUAUAUUAUGGUCUGAGUCCCCCGCAGACCUUUGAUGAGGCACCCGAGAUGCCAGCUCCCUCCUUGACUUUGGUGACUAGCAUGAGGACACAGCUGCACAUGGCCCUAGAGAGGAACUCCUGGUUGCAGAAGCGAAUUGAGGACCUGGAAGAGGAACGGGACUUCCUGCGUUGCCAGUUAGACAAGUUCAUCUCCUCUGCCCGCCUGGAUGCUGACGACCACUGCCGCAACAAACAGCCCCCGCGCCGGUCUGAGGUUUCCGAGAGUCGGAACGGGGACGUGACGGACGAUGACAGCGUGGGCUCUUGGCUGAGCGCCAGCCCCGAAGAAGGGGGCUCGGCGGAGCAUAAGAAACUGAGAGGAGGGGCGAACCGGCGGCGCUUUGUCAAGCCCAAAGUCCGCGAGAGGCAAAGAGUCAAAGAUGUCGACGGGGUGUUGUGCCGCUACAAGAAGAUCCUGUACACUUUUCAGAAGCUGCAAAGCAUGAGCCGGGCCUUCGAGCACCACCGAGUGGACCGCAACACCGUAGCACUGACCACGCCCAUCGCAGAGCUCCUCAUCGUGGCUCCCGAAAAGCUGGCCGAGGUGGGUGAGUUUGACUCUUCCAAGGAGCGCCUGCUGGAGUACUCCCGACGCUGCUUCAUGGCGCUGGACGACGAGACGCUGAAGAAGGUCCAGGCCCUCAAGAAAAGCAAACUCCUGCUUCCCAUCACCUACCGCUUCAAGCGGAAAACAGACUCCCCGGGCCCGGCUGCCGGCAACCCGCUACCCGCGCCCGCCACCCCCCCCAAGCUGCUCUUGCCCGUCGCUGAUGGCUACAAGCGAUGA